UCUAAUUCUGCUGUUCCUCUCCUCCUCUUGAGUAGAGUGGUAGGCUGGUAGCUUCCAGACGACGACUAGUCGGCUAUCCCUAAUUCAUUCUUCCGUUCCUUUCCACUUGCAGAUUUGCAUCACAACGGUCACCACCACCACCACUACGCACAGAAGCUCCAAUGUCUACAAAGGUCAAACUUUUCAAAUUUCCCGCCAGGGUUAAGACCACUCUGUAUCUCAUCACGGCAACUGGAGCCGCCGGUCUUACCUUUCAAGCAGUGAACUCCAACCUCAUUCCCUUGGAUUCCCCAAUUGCUUCGGCGAUUUCAGGCUUUCCUGAGAAGAUAAGGGCAGGAUUUAAUGGCGUUAUCCGCUCUUCUCGGGCUAUCUACACUAUUACUUUCAAUGUUGUUGAUUACAAAUAUUCUUUAGGUGGGAUAUCGUCGGAUUCCGAGGAGUAUCGUCGUAAAUUAUCUGAGGUUCAUCUACGCUCUGCCAAGAGGAUUUUGAAAUUAUGUGAAUCCAAUAAAGGUUUCUAUGUCAAAGCCGGUCAGUUUGUUGCAGCCUUGCGACAUGUUCCAAAGGAGUACACAUUAACUCUCUCCACUUUGCAGGACCAGGCAGUUCCCUGUCAUUUUAAAGCCAUUAAAGAAGUACUAGUUAACAAUCUGGGACUGGAUUUGUCUGAAAUAUUUUUGUCAUUUGAUGAACAACCAAUUGCUGCUGCAUCAAUUGCUCAAGUUCACCGUGCAUUGUUGAAAGAUAAUCAGGAAGUAGCCAUUAAGGUACAAUACCCAGGUUUAGAGCAACAUAUGAAAAUAGAUAUUACAACCAUGGCUAUCCUCUCAAACUGCGUAGCCUGGGCUUUUCCUGAAUACAGAUUUGGGUGGAUAGUAUCAAAAUUUGAGAAGACAAUUUCUCUGGAGCUUGAUUUUGUCCAAGAGGGAAAGAAUUCAGAGAAAACAGCCGAAAACUUCAAAUCAAACAAUACAGUCAGGGUUCCUCGUGUGUUUUGGGAUUUGACAACAACCCAGGUUUUGACAAUGCAAUUUUGCCAUGGAUACAAGGUUAAUGACAUGGAAUCUCUCAAUGAAAUUGGUAUAAAUCCGAAAAAGGUUGCCAAGGCAUUAGUGGAAGUGUUUGCCGAAAUGAUAUUUGUUCAUGGUUUUCUGCAUGAAGAUCCACACCCAGGCAAUAUAUUAGUUUCUCCAGAAGGCCGUAAUGGAUUCUCUCUAGUUCUUCUGGAUCAUGGACUUUACAAGGAGUUGGAUGAAGCAUUCAGGCUGGAUUAUUGCCAACUGUGGAAGGCUUUGAUUCUUUUUGAUUCAAGCAAAAUACAGAAUAUAGGUGAGCGUUUUGGUGUUGGAAAGUACUCUAGGUACUUUCCUGUUAUUUUCACCGGAAGAACCAUUGACAGUAAAUCAGCCCUUGGGAGAGGAAUGUCGCUUGAAGAGAAAAGAAACCUAAGGCAGGAAUUGAAGUCUCUAAAGAUGGAGGAUUUUUCUUCAUUCAUGGAGUCUUUGCCACCUGACUUCCUAGCAAUAUUACGAACAGAUGGACUACUGAGGUCUAUAAUUAGCAAGUUGGGUGCUUCACAACAGGUCCGGCUGUUGACUUAUGCUAAAUAUGCUGUAUAUGGUCUUUCUGCAAAGUUGAACCAUGAAUCUGAUCUUACAGCCAAGUACAUGAUCUAUAGGUUAAAAACAACCACAAGUUAUGUUCAAUUGAGGCUUCUGCUUGGAGCACUGGAGCUAAAUUCUUGGAUGAAAGAUUUUGGGUAUUCGAUAAUAAGCAAGUUUAAACGGAUGUUGGUUAACACAUGGUUGUUUCUUAGUAGGAACCAUUUGCCUUUGGCAUGAUGAAGUUUGAAUGGGCUGUUUGGGUGGCCCUUCACGUCAAGUACUAAAACAGUAUUUAUAGAUAGAAGGGACAAUAUUAAAAUGAGAUGGAAUGACCAACUCUCAACUCUCAAGCCAAAAUGGAUUAAUCGAAGGCAAAAUAUGCAAUAUUGCUACAAGCCUACAAGAUGAUUUAUUUUGUUUUGAACUUUUGAUCAAUAUGUCAACUUGGACUAAAGAUGUAAUUCACACAUGAAAUGAUUUCGCCCCUUUUCACUCGAGGAAAAUUCUAAAAAUUGCAUAGGCUUCUCUGAAGAUUUUCUGUA